UCAUCAUCAUCAUCAUUAUAUUAACUUUUUCUUUCAUUUAGUGUGUACCUAAUUGUUGAUGAAAUUAUCUCUUUACAAUGGAAUUCGGUGUUUCAGACAGUAGCGGUACAGAUGAUGAUCUUCCUCCUUCACAUCAAAACAAAUUCCGGGGUGGGGCCCCGGGUACUGGGAACGGAAGAACUAUGGCUGUUGGAAAUGCUCCAUUUCCUCGAAUUCAAAAUGACAUGGCGACACAAAUUCACCUUAUAGAACAGGAAGCAUAUAGCGCGGUUUUGAGGGCCUUCAAAGCUCAGUCUGAUGCUAUCACUUGGGAAAUGGAAAGUUUGAUAACAGACCUUAGAAAGGAACUGAGAGUGUCUGAUGAAGAGCACAGAAAGCUUUUAGCUAUGGUUAACAAUGAUGACAUCAUUAAGAGGAUAAGGGAAUGGAGGAAGACAAACGGGCUUCAACCUGGCAUGAUCAAUAGUCCUACUGUUUCCGCAUCACAUAAGAAACAAAAAACCGCUCAGGCUGGGCCUUCUGUAUCUUUGGGCCCACCACCACCGGCUCUGCACCUGCCUUCUCCAUCAUCGAUGAACCGAGGCUCUGGUUCUGGAUUCAGAGGAAAGAAGCCACAAUCUUCUUUGCAGUAUGCUUCAGCAAGUUUCAAUGGCAGGGAUCUAACUCCGAAGCAGAGUUUUGGUGGUGCAUUUAGUGCGAACGGGCUGGAUGUAGAUAACACCUCUGAUCCUAUUAUUGGGAGGAAGGUGUGGACAAGAUGGCCGGAAGAUAAUAAUUUUUAUGAGGCUGUUAUAAAAGAAUUUAAUCCCGUUGAGGGUCGUCAUGCUUUGGUCUACGAUGCUGGUACACCAAAUGAAGCUUGGGAAUGGGUUAAUUUUAGAGAGAUAUCUCCAAAUGAUAUUCGCUGGAAAUGGGAGGAUGUCGGGAUUUCUCAUAGAGGUGGUCGGAGUGGAUCUGGCCGUGGGAUAAAAAAUUCUAGCACUCGUGGUGGGGUCACUGGUGGUUCUGGAAGAGGUAGAGGGAUUGCAAAGGGUCAGUCCAAGAAAGACGCACCUCCAUCACAAAACGGCCUUGCAAAAAGGCCUCUGAAUAAUAUAGAAAUACUCCACACUGACACCCUUAUUAAGGAGAUAGACAAAGUGUUCAGUUCAAGCAAUGCGGACCCAACGGACAUAGAGAAAGCCAGAAAAGUGCUGAAGGAGCAUGAACAAGCGCUUGUGGAUGCUAUUGCAAAGCUUGAAGGUGUUUCAGACGGUGAAAGUGAUCGAGAACUAUUGAGAAAACAUGAAGUGGGUGAGGGUUCAAAUGGCAAUAAGGCGGCUGUAGAAGAUCAGAUGAAUGGGGUUCAAGGCAUGUGAUGACCCUUUUAAAUCCUGUCAUGUACCAUAUCUAGCAUUUAGUUAAUUAACCUUUUCUUUUUCCCUUUCUUUUCCGUUUUGUAAUCUAUUGUAUUCUAAGCUUUCAACAUUAUAAAGUCAGUCCAAACUCUCUAUCGCAA